AUGCUUCAGCAACUAGUCCCAGAGCCCUUAUUGCCAUUGAUGCCAAUAUCAUCAGAGACCUUCAUUGAAUGGGUUUGCCUUUUUUUGGCUACGGCCAGCCUCUGUGUCAAAACACAUCCUUUCUUUCACCUACUUUCGUUCUUUCCUUCUGUCAUUCUUCCCCUCCUUCUGUCCAUUCUUCCUUCCGUUCUUACUAUACUUCUUCCCAUCAUUCCUUCUUUCUGUAAUUCAUUCCUUCUAUCCUUCUAUCCGUCCUGCUUUCCUGCUAUCCUCCCAUUCUUCCUUCUUUCCUUCCUUCCGUCUUUCCUUUCUUCUUUACUUUCUUCCGUCCUUUCUUCCUUCUUUCCGCCCUUCCUUCUUUCCUUCUUUCGUUCUUUUCUAGCGUCUGUCCUUCCUUCCUUCUUUUCUUUCUUCGUCCUUUCUUCCUCCCUUCCUUCUUUCCUUACGUCUGUUCCUCUUACCUGCCUUACUUCUUUCUUUCUAUCCCUCCUUCCUUCUUUCCUUUUGUCUUUUCUUCCGUCCAUCGUCCUUUCUUCCGUCCGUACUUUGGUCCUUUCUUCUGUCUUUCCUUUCUUCCUUCUUACCUUCCUAACAUCCUUCCUUCCUUCCUUCGGUCCUUUCUUUCUUCCUUCUUUCCUUCCUUCAGUCUUUCCAACCUUUUUCACUUCUUUCCUUCUGGCAUUUCUUGCGUCCUCCUUCCUUCCAUCCUCCUUUCCUUACUUCCGCACUUCUUUCUGUUCUUUCUUACUUCUGUCCUUUCUUCCGUCCUUCUUCUUUCCUCGCGUCCUUCGCUUCUUUCUUUCUUUCCUUCCUUCCUUGCCUUCCUUCUUCCCUGCAGUCCUACCUUUCGUCCAUUCUUUCCUUCUUUCCACCCGCCCUCACUUUUGUCCAUCCAUCCUCCUCAUUCUUUCUUUCCUUACGCCCUUCCUUUCUUCUGUUCUUUGUUCCUUCUUUCCCUCUAUCCUUCUGCACAUUCUUUCUUCUUUCCUUUCUUCCAUCUUUCCUACCUCCGUCCUUUUCUUCCAACCUUCCCUCCUUCGCCAAUCAUUCCAUCUUUCUUUCGUACCUUCCUUCCUCUCUUCCUUCUGUCCUUUCCUUUCUUCCGACUUUCCUUUCUUCUGUCCUUCCUCCCGUCCUUCCAUCCUUUUGUCCUUUCUUCCAUCCUUCUUCCCUUCCUUCCGUUCUUUCUUUUUCCUUCUUUCCUUCCUUAUGACCUUACUUCCUUCUGUCCUUCUUUCCGCUCUUCCUCCCGCCCUUCCUUACGUCUGUUCUUUCUUUCGUCCGCAUCUUUCCUCUUUCCUUCCUUCCGUCCUUCCUUUCUUCCUUUUUGCAUUCCUUCCCCCCCCCUUCCUACUGCCUUUCUAA